CUAGUUGCCUCGUUUCCACUCCCGUUUCCUGUUGUGCAUUUCCUUCCUUGUAGAUGCAGAACUAGGACACUGCAGAACUCUUUCGCUAAUCUGGGGAUUCCGUCCCGAAAAUGCCUUCCCGAAGGUGGUUUCACUCGAAUGUGAGCGGCCAUGAUGCAGAGAGGCUGUUGAUAGAACGAGGGCUGCAUGGCAGUUACCUUGUCCGUCCAAGCAAAAGCAAUCCUGGAGAUUUCACUCUGUCUGUGAGGAGAAAUGGGGAUGUCACCCACAUUAAGAUCCAGAACACAGGAGACUACUAUGAUCUUUACGGGGGGGAGAAGUUUGCGACUCUCUCUGAGUUAAUCCAGUACUACACGGAGAACCCUGGGCAACUGAGAGAGAAAAAUGGCCAAGUCAUAGAGAUGAAAUUCCCUUUAAAUUCUAUGGACCCUACAACAGAGAGAUGGUUUCAUGGUCACAUGUCUAGUAAAGAAGGUGAGACAGUUCUUCUGGACAAAGGCAAGAAUGGUAGCUUCCUGGUGCGAGAAAGCCAGAGUAAACCUGGGGAUUAUGUCCUUACUGCACGUUGUGAUGAUAGGAUCACACAUGUGAUGAUAAGAAAUCACCCCAAUGGCAAGUACGAUGUUGGCGGUGGAGAAAUGUUUGAAGAUCUUACAGAUCUGGUGGAACAUUAUAAAAAGAACCCUAUGGUGGAGAAAUCAGGAACUGUAGUUCACCUGCGAAAUCCAUUUAAUGCCACAAGGAUAAAUGCUGCCAGUAUUGAAGACAGAGUCAAAGAGCUUCAAAAGGAAAAUAAAAAUGUCACAGGAAAAGCAGGAUUUUAUGAAGAAUUUGAGGUCCUACAAAAACAAGAAUGCAAGCAUCUUUAUAGCAGAAAGGAAGGAGAGCGGCCUGAAGUCAAGGCUAAAAACAGAUACAAGAAUAUUCUGCCAUUUGACCACAGCAGAGUGAUCUUAAGGGGACGGGAUCCAAAUGUCAUUGGCUCAGAUUACAUAAAUGCCAAUUAUAUCAGUGGAGAAUCUCGUGGUACAGAGAAGCAAUACAUUGCCGCCCAGGGGUGUUUACCAGUAACUGUGGAAGAUUUUUGGGCUAUGGUUUAUCAAGAGAAUACAAGAAUUAUUGUCAUGACAACAAAAGAAGUCGAAAGAGGCAGGAAUAAAUGCACAAGAUACUGGCCAGAUGCUGAAACUACAAAAGACAUCGGAGUCUACCAUAUCAAGCACAUACAAGAGACCGAACUCCCUCACUACAUCUUGAGAGAGUUUGAAAUCUGGAUAGACAGCAAUCCUAUUCCAAGGUCUGUUUACCAGUUUCAUUACACUGGUUGGCCAGAUCAUGGAGUCCCUAAAGACCCCAGCCCUGUCCUCAGCAUUCUACAAGAGGUGGAUAUCAAGCAGAAAGCUGUUCCUGGAUCUGGUCCUAUUGUGGUUCACUGCAGUGCUGGUAUUGGGAGAACAGGAACAUUCAUUGUUAUUGAUGUUCUCAUCCAUAUGAUAAAAGAACAAGGUUUGGAUACCGAGAUAGACAUAUCAAAAUCAAUUCAAAAUGUCAGAGCACAGCGAUCAGGAAUGGUUCAAACAGAGGCUCAGUAUGAGUUCAUUUAUAAAGCGAUCCAACAUUACAUGAGCACAGAGAUGGCAAGGAUACGGGGAUCCAAGGAAGGGGUUGAAGGUGCUGUUUAUGGGAACUUGCCGAAACUCCCCACUGCCAAUCCUGAUGCUCCACCUCCACUACCACUGACAUAUGGUGUUGGAUCUAUGAGUAAAGGCCCUCCACCAAGACCACCAGGUGACCACAUAGGUCCCCAACCACCAGGAACGACCCCUGGGGAAAAACCUCCGCCUCUUGCUCCGAGAAAAGUGCGAUAGUGAGAAGUAGACCUAAUACAGUCACAGAAUGUAUAGCGUAAUUUCACACCAAACCUAUUUUAUUUGAAUACAAAUAUAGUAUUUGAUUUCCACUAGCUAACUACAAAGGCUAUUUUAGAUUUCUUUAUCCGGUAGAAAGCCUUAUUUCCAUACACCAUGUUGACUAUGAGCUUCGUUUUGGAGUAGGCCCUAGAAAAAGAGUGUGUUUGUGUGUGUGUGUGUGAGGGUGGAACAAACGCAUUUGAAUUUUGGUGGACUGGUUGCUGGUGGAAAUCACCCUCGACAAAUGGUUUAACUAUAUAGAAAAAGAGUACCAAGGGCUUUAGGGAUAGUCUGUCUGGCUUAUCACAUCCUUAGUAGGUAAGAAUAUACCAUAGAGAAUAUGUAAGUAGAUAGUUAGAAAUAUAAGACAAAGAUUAAAGGAAUCACAUCUAAUAAUGAAAAAGAGUUGAUCGUGGCAAAGGUUAUUGGAGCCCUGAAGAAUUGCAUUUUUUAAAUAUUUCCAUGUCUCCCUUCCCCUUUGCUGCCUUCAGGGCUCUUUGAUAAAAAGAAUUCUAAUUAUAUUAGAAUAAAUUGAAUUAGUAUAUGAGGUAAUUAAAUAGAGGUCGAAUAAAAUAAUGACAGCGACAGUGGCAACGAUAUCCUUUUAGCGUUUUAUGCUCUGAGUGUUCAAAUUCUUAUUGUUAUGGAACAGGAAACACAUGAGAGUGUGCGUAUGUGAUGGAACGUUCUCUAUUGCCCUCUUAAGUAUUUGUGAGAAAGCGAUUGAAGAAUUGAAGUAAGAAAAAAUUAGUGUAUGGGGAGUUUGCUUCUUGUUUUUUUCUUGCAUUAAAUGUAGUUUAGUUUC